GCUGCGUUACGUUGUGACUUCGGGGUGACUUUGUCUGAAGUAAGGAUUAAAUAAUGAAGUUAAGGAUAAGACUGGGUGAAAGAACCGAUAAAAUUUCCGUUGGAGAUGGAGAAACAAAGGAAGAAACACUUGAACAACUUUCAUCUGCCGUUGGUAAUGCUCUGAGAUUAGAGCCAGGAAGCUUUGAGCUGAGCCUGAAUGGGAGCGAUCCAAUCAAUGGAUCCCCAGAUGAUCUUCUGGAGACCUUUGGCAUUGUUUCAGGUGACCUGAUCAAAGUCCUUCGGCCAAACGAACUGGACCCAUCUUUGAGGCAGAAUGGGGAGAAUACAAGAGGGAAGCCAAGGGAUACCCGUAUCAAUGGGAGCCUUUCUACUGCUAGGGAAUGCACCACAUCAGAUGGGAGGCCAGAGCCUGAGUGUGAGGAAUCUCAAGAUAACUUUGCCAAUCAAGAGAAUGAGAUGAGUACAGAGGAAAAGGAAGCAAGGGAGCAACUGGCAAGACUUGAAAGAGAAGCAGAAAUGGGAGAGAAGAUAUCAGAACCAAUGUUGUGUAGAGAUGCAGAAGGUGAUAAGAUUCCCUUGCGUUUGAAACAGCUAUGUGAGGAGAUUCAACCAAAGAGCUCUGGUGAUGCCUUGUGUCUAGUGCUUCAUGUCCUUAUGGUGGAGACUGGAUUUGCUGCUCAGCAAUGUGCAAGUUCAUGCAGCACAGACCAACCCACAUCUUCACAGAUGGUAAACAGAGAGCAAUGUAGUGAAGAGAGAGACCCAGAUCCUCUAGCUGCCUUACCUAAUGGAUGGAAGACAGGAACAUCAUAUAAACUACCAUAUCAACAUGCAGAAUGUAAAGGAGCUGAGUGUAUGCUUACUGGUGUUACAAUGGGAACAAUACUUCUUAUUCAUGGUCUAAUUGGGAAGAAAAUCCAUGCAACAUUGCAGUUAAAGCCAUCCAUGUAUGCCUCUCUAGUGGAAGGGAGUGUUCUGUUCACAAAUCUUGCCUACUUGUCUAGGAGUUUUAAGGACACCAUAGUUUACCCUUUGUUAGCAACAAUGAGAUCAGAGCUUGGCCUUCCUCCACUGCAUGGUCUUCCUGCUCUCUUUCCUGAAAUUCAGCUGAAGAUCUUGAGUUUUCUAAAUAUUGCUGAUGUAAUAACGAUGUCAACCGUCUGUCAUCAUUUCCAUAGCCUCAUUAAUGAUCCUUUAUUAUGGAGACAGCUUGUACUAAGAGACUUUGGAGGUAAAGUCACAGACAGGGAUUGCAAUUGGAAGAAUGUUUACAAAGAGAGAUAUCGCUUGAAAAUAAUGAGGGAACAGCUCAGAAAUCGAAUCCAGAAUUCUUUCUACCCUCCUGGUCGGCGCCCCUUUGCCUUUGUACCAUCAGUACCACAUCCGCUACCUGGUAUUUAUCCCCCUGGCUAUAGAGGGGGAGACUAUGACAUCGACCCAUUUAAUGCUGGUGGCGCCCUUCCUGGUUACCCAAACUCAGCCUUCCUGCCGAUUCCUGGCCCUCUGGUACCCAAUCCUCGUCAUGAUCUUAUUUUCCCUAACCCUGAUGCAAACCAUAGACCUGGUCACGGUGGAGGACUUAUGGACCUGGAGACUGUGAGACCACAUCCUUAUGCUCCUCAACCGCCUCAGGGAUUCCCUGGGAGGCGGACAGGUGGUCGGCCCCUUGGUGGAGCAAGUGGGAUGAGAACAUUCUUCAGGUGAUGGAGAGAGCAGUCAUCUCCAUACCAAUAAUGAGAUGGAAGCAGCAUCGCAAGGGCAAGAGUUCCCAUUACACCCUUUCAAGACCAUGGGUAAACUAAUCAGUAUUAGGGGAAUGUGCUCUCUGCCUUGUCACAUGAUGUUAAUGUAGUGUAAGGAGGUUAUUAUUUAACAUUAAUCAUCAUAAAUGUUCCGGAGUAAAAAGGAAGCGUUGGUUUCAAUAUCUUUAGAGUUCAGAAGAACAUGCCCCAUGACCUGUAUUAAUCAGAAGUAAAGAAGCAACUUCAUGCCUCCAAAAGCUGAUAUUCCUCAGAGUGAGAUAUUGAGAUAGCAUUUAAGUGAAUAGAGUUAUCUGUAUGUUAAUUUCAUAUCUCUUUGUCGAGUAGGAAGUUGUUCCAUAUUAUGUUCCUUUUACUUGCGAG